CCCAUUCUGAAUGAGCUGCUCCGCAGGUUCUCAAGCCCCAUGAUGCCGACAAUUCCACUGUCCGAGGUUGCAAGUCCGGCACGUGACAGCAACGACAGUAGCGUAAUCUCGCGAAAACAAGUCGUCGCGUGUCAACGCUGCAAGCUGCGCAAGGCCCGAUGUGACCGGCAAUUACCAAAGUGCGAGAGAUGUAGAGACGCAGGUGUUCUGUGCGAGUAUGCAAGGACUAGGCGACCCCCUGGGUUCCCCGUGGGCCAUCGUCAGCUACUCGAGGACAAGAUACGUCGACUUGAAGGAGAAAUUACCCGUCUAAAUCAAGGCAAUGGUUUGGAAAAUACUUCGGGUCAAGACAACACCAGUCCCCUGGCUAUCAAUCCAUGUACAUCGAUCGCGACAAUGAACAGUGCAGUGCCACAGGCCAACAUCACACACUCCGGCACUUGUCUUCCCCAAGACCGUGAAGACAGCCAAGAUCCAGAUGAAGCUCCGAGCAACCUCGGUCAAGACUCGGAUUCGGCAGACGACAGCCCAAGCUGGCGGGAGCAGCCUCCUACCUCAACAGUAGCCCGGACUAGGAGAAUCAAAGAGUUGAAACCGCCAGAUGACCUAGUUCUAUCUCUUACGUCUCUAUAUUUUCAUCAUAUCCAUCAUUGGCUCCCGUUUCUCGAUGUUAGGCACAUCUUUGGCGAUCACGUGGCGGUUGGUGAGCCUUCACUCAUUACAUACGCGCUCUUCGGUGCGACGCUCCAGUAUUCCCAGGAUCCACGACUUACACAGAGUAGCAGAGAUGCUUUCUGGAAAUACUGCAAGCGAACCAUCAUGGUUGAAGCCCUCGAAGAGCCGUCAUAUCAUACUCUCGAGGCCCUAGCGGUACUUGCUCUGGACAUCUCGGGCCUGACUAAUGGCCCACAAGCCUGGGGUGUCCUGGCUGUGGUAGUCAAAAUGGCUGAGCAACUUGACGUAGGCGGCUCGAAGCAUGCCCUGCGAGCGUCUACCGCAACAGAAGAAGCUUUACGAUCUUCUGUGGCGGAUAUGAGUGCCAUUCCAAAGUUGUUCUGGGCCAUCUACGCUAUUGACUGUUACGUGGCAAUCACGACAAGACAUGCCUCGAGUCUGAGCAGCCAGGCCAUCAGAAAUUGGUUCCCAUUUCGAAGUGCCCUUUGGAAUCUUCAGAGAACUCCUUUAGACGGGAUUUCCAACUCUGAUAUGGACCAGACAAACCCGGACAGCAGUAGCUCGGGAUUAGUGGCUGCUCCAACUGCCCAAGUGAUCUUCAGUUACCAACUUGAACUCUUGGAUAUUUGCAAGAGUCUACACUCCCUGUAUAUCGAAUUUGUCAGAUUUGAGACCAGUAGUGAAACGCCACCGGACGGCUGGAUCCAGUCAGUGACAGACUGGUCCCACACCAUGGAAACAUGGUUUACACAGCUUCCGAGCAUACUACGCAUUUCCAUCGAUGAGACGACCAUUGAUCUCCAGCAGCAGCGCCGCAUAUCUCCUCUUAUCGCUUCCUUGAACAUAUACUAUUACGCGUUGAGAAUAUACCUACAUGGGCUGGGGGACUUUAUGACUCACCAACCCCAGCGCGACGGAACUCACUUCGCAAGCUUCGCCGACGACAACAGGUUACAAUGUGUCAAAAGUCUAGAGAAAAUGACAGGUAUUGCUGGCAUGCUGCUUCCCAAAGGGCCUUAUGCCGACAAGCUCGGUUGGCCAAUCGCGUGGGCUCUCUGGGUCGGCGGUCGAUAUUGCCUAGCAUCUCGCUACCGCAAUCGCCCGUUAGCGCCGCAUUACUUCAAGAGAGUUAUCAAUGCCCUGAGAGGUCUCAGUCGGUACUGGCAGGUCGCUAGCCACUACCUGCGUCUACUGCACAUUUCUCAAAGUGAGCUCAUUACUCUGGGUACCCCGGGAAACCAGAAGGCUCCUAGCGAUCUAUUACUCUCGGUAGUGGACUGGCGCGUUGCUUCCAGUGAAGUGGAAGACAUGGGAAGAGUUGACCCUAUUCUGUGUUCUAGUGGACUUGCACCUUUAGAGAAGGGCAUCGACUAUAUCAACAUGCAGAUGAUGUUAGCAGGCCCAGCCAUGGGGGUUACACACAGUCACAACUCAUACAACGAAAUUAUGCGCGAGCCGGUGACAGAUUGGUUCCCCUUGUCUUCCUGGAGACAAGAGCAGGAGGAAAUACAGCAGACCAUAUCGGAGUCCCACAAUCUCAAUCACAUGUAG